CACCCCAGCAUUGGUCCUCCGGACCCCUUCCAGUCGCAUCCGCGACACCCCAGCAUGGGCCCCCCAGGCCCCUUCCAGUCGCAUGCACGACACCCCAGCAUGGGCCCCCCGGGCCCCUUCCAGUCGCAUCCACGAAACCCCAGCAUGGGCCCUCCGGGCCCCUUCCAGUCGCAUCUGCGACACCCCAGCAUGGGCCCUCCGGGCCCCUUCGAGUCGGAUCCGCGACACCCCAACAUGGGCCCUCUGGGCCCCUUCGAGUCGUAUCCACAACACCCCAGCAUGGGCCCCCCGGGCCCC